GGGGAGGAGGAGGAAGAGGAGGGUCCACCGGCAUCAGCAGCAGCUCUUCAUCUCUUCAUGUGCUUCUUGGACAGAUAAAAAAAAAAAAAGUGCUGCAGAAACAUCAUAUUUCUGUAGAUUUAUUCUGUUUUUGAUGAGAUUAGAAGACCGGAAGUGGGAUUAUUUCUCCACUUUUUGUCCUGGAAAUGCUCCCCUGCUCUUCAUCCGCGCAGAUGGAGGGAUGUGAGGAAGAGGAGAGGGACGCGCACAUGGAAACAGAGUGUCUCAGAUGGUGAUCGAGGAGGUGGGAGUUCUGCAGACUCAGCUCGAGAUCGAAAAGUCGUGUCGGGAGAAUGCAGAGGCCCUGGCCACCAAGCUGAACUGUGAGAACAGGAAGUUGAAGUACCUGAGCCUGACGUCACGGCCCUGUCUGGACGAGCUGCUCCCCAGCAUCUCUGACUGCGUCGCGCUGGAAGCUGACGGAGACGCUGUGGACAUCAGCCCCGACACCGUCACUCAGAACCAGCUGCAGGUGAAAGAGCUGAGGGAGACGAUCAACAGUCUGCUGGAGGAGAAGAAGAAGUUUGUCUGUCAGAUUCACGAACAGCAGCGGCAGAUAGAGGAGCUGAGUGCACAGUCACAGAAGAAUCAAGCAGAGAUGAAAGAACUUGGUGAAGCUCUGGAGCAGCAGAACAAAACCAUCAAGAGAUUCAACAGAGUUUCCAUGAUGGCUGCUCAGGAGUACGAUGGGCUGAAGGAGCAGCUCGACUUGGAGCAGAACCUCCGAGUCAAAGCUGAGAGUUACGCACACGAGAUGCUGGUGAAGCAGAAGGAGGCCAACAGGCAGAGCAUGCUGCUGCUGCAGAGCGCCGAGCCCAGCGUCCUGCUGCUGAAGGCUCUGGAGGACAUCGCCUCGGUCACCAAGACCCUGGAGGAGGAGCGUCUGCUGCAUCAACAGCAGGUGCAGAACCUGGAGGCGCAGCUGGAGGACAGCUGUGUGAAGAAGCAGCUGGAGGAYCUUCAGAGGCAGCUGGAGCUUCUGGAGGAGGAGAAGAAGGAGACGGAGGGACGGCUGCUGCAGGCGGAGAAGAAGAACGACGAGCUGCAGAAAAGAGUCUUCGAGCUCCAGGAGUCUCAGAAGGAGAACAAGGUCACCACAGCCCUUCCUCCGCCGUCACCUGGGGUGGCCCCGCCUCCAACUCCUCCCCCACAGCCGCCCCCUCCCAGCCGAAGGCGUGGACGAGGUGAAGGUGAAGGCGGUGAACGAGAUGAUGGAGCGGAUCAAACUCGGCGUCGUCCUGCGUCCCGUCAAAAGUCAGGACACAAAGAGAGCUGCAGUAAAACCCCCGCCCUGUGAGGACAAACAGCAGGAGAGCGCCAUGGACGAGCUGAAAGGCAUCCUGGAGACGGUGAAGAGGAGCCCCAGCCGAGGCUCCCAGGACUCGGGGCCGCCGGCGCCCGCGGCGGUGAAGAAGGACAGCGAGCUGGAGUUGAUCCUGAGGCGCCGACGCAACAAGGCUGGAGAGAAGGGCUCAGGAGAUGAGCGGGAUGGACAGAUGAGCCACGUAUCGUCCUCRGACAGCAUCGACGGGAGACGAGCCAGCAGCGACUCCAGCAAAGACUCAGAGGGACCCGGUGUCUCCGUGGACCCGGCUGGGCCCAGGCUCGGUCCGGAGAGGCGGGGCUCGGGACCGGGGCCCAUGGUGGUCCAGAGGAAGAGCUGGGACCAGGACAGGAGGUCCUGCAGCUCUCUGCCGGACAAGGAAUCAGCCGAGGGUCUCRGCAGCAACGGCUGCUUCAGCAGCAUCGGGUCAGAGGACCGCAUCGAGUCAAACGGAGUGGAGCACACAGAGACCGGCGAGGACCCACAGACCGUCUGCAGCGAGUCCGUUACCAGCAGCGCCGAGUGCUGAGAGCCCGAGUUUCACCGAUCAGAACCUGACGUGUUUUUAAACGACCAGGAACUGAUCGGAUCAGAACCCUGAAACACGUUUGCCUUUUCUGCUCGGAUCAAAACCAAACUAAUGUUUGUUUUCUUCUUUUCAUGCAAACUAACCUGCAGCAGAAACAAGUGAACCGGGUCGGAAAUCUGUCUGAGUUCAGAACAAAACAAACAAACAAACAAACAAACAAACAAACAAACAAACAAUCAAUAAGGGAAAAGGUUCUGAAAGUUUUAGAUGCAGAAUCUCAAAUCAGCUCCAGAUUUUCCACACAAAAACCUGCAAACCAUCAAAAAGAUUCUGAAAAAAAAAA